UCCGGAACACCGGCCGCCAGCCGGAUGCGGCAAUGUGGUGCAUUGGUGGGAAGCUCGUAGCCCACAGCUCCCGCCAAGCUUGUCCUCCGGUAUCAUCGCGACCCUGGGACACGACGCGCUGGAAGUGGGGUUUCGAAUCGAGAGCUGCUCUGGUGACAUGAGUGACCAGUAUAAAGGGCCUGCUGCCCGCCGUCGGUGACACUUUCAAUCAUCAGUCCACUGAACAUUCCUCACUCAAACAACAAGCCUUUAUACCCCAGACUUCCUUUCAACUCGCCAAUUACAUCACAAUGGCGCCCUCAAUCCCAACAGAGCAGUACGCCCAGGUCUUCGAGAAGAACGGCGGCCCCCUCGAGUACAAGAAGAUCCCCGUCGCGAAGCCCGCCCCAGAUGAAGUCCUGGUCAACAUCAAGUUCUCCGGUGUCUGCCACACCGAUCUCCAUGCCUUGAACGGCGACUGGCCGCUGGCCACCAAGCUGCCCCUCGUCGGUGGCCACGAAGGCGCCGGUGUUGUGGUUGCAAAGGGCAACCUCGCCCAGGAUAUCGAGAUUGGCGACCACGUCGGUGUGAAGUGGAUCAACGGAUCCUGCUUGGCCUGCUCCUUCUGCCAACAGUCCGAUGAGCCCCUCUGCGCACACGCCCUGCUCUCCGGCUACACCGUCGACGGCUCCUUCCAGCAAUACGCCAUUGCAAAGGCCGCCCACGUGGCCCGCAUCGACAAAUCCAUUCCCCUCGACGCCAUUGCACCCGUGCUCUGCGCCGGUAUCACCGUCUACAAGGGCCUCAAGGAGUCGGGCGCGCGCCCCGGCGAGACUGUCGCCAUCGUCGGAGCUGGAGGUGGACUCGGAUCCCUCGCCUGCCAGUAUGCCAAGGCCAUGGGCCUCCAGGUCAUCGGCAUUGACACGGGCGAGGACAAGAAGAAGAUGGUGACCGGCGAGCUCGGCGCCGAGACCUUCAUCGACUUCGCAAAGUCGACCAACCUCGUCAAGGACGUCCAGGCCGCGACCGCCGACGGCCUUGGGCCCCACGCCGUGCUCCUCGUCGCUGUCAACGAGAAGCCCUUCCAGCAGGCCGCCGAGUACGUCCGCCCCCGCGGCACCGUCGUCUGCAUCGGUCUGCCCGCCGGCGCUUACCUGCGCGCGCCCGUCUUCGAGUCCGUCAUCAAGAUGGUCACCAUCAAGGGUUCGUACGUCGGCAACCGCAAGGACACCGCCGAGGCGCUCGAGUUCUACCGCCGCGGCCUCAUCAAGGCACCCUACAAGGUUGUCGGUCUCUCUGAGCUGCCCAUGGUCUACGAGAAGAUGCGUGCUGGUGCCAUUGCCGGUCGCUACGUUUUGGACACCUCCAAAUAG